CAAAUAUAUUUAUAUUGGUGUAUCGAGUGCCAGAUGUAUCUUCUUUCACAUCUCUUCCUUUCUAAUUGCAACAUUAAUCGAUAAUUCUAAUGGUGUCCGUCAAAUCUGCUCUAUUGGGUGCUGUAGUCACUGUCUUAUUCACUUCUGCUGAUGCUUGGUCUUGCCGUUGUUCUAAUGCUGUCAUCACUACAAACUGUUGCUCUGAUUGGGGGUGGAAAAUCUCUUUUGAUGGCACUACCCACUGUUACAAUAUUAAAGCAGAUGAAAGAGAUGACUUCGCUCGCUGCUGUAAUCGAUGGGCUUCUUUCGACAAAUGUUACUGAACAUUAUCUAUCUAACUGUUGGAAGUCAAGCAAUAACGGCGAAAUGACUGCCAAGAAAUAUUAAAAAUGUAUCUUGGUUGCUCUCUACCUUAUACUGAUAGCAUACGUUUAUAAGCUUAUUGCUCAAAUAAACCCUCUUUUCCACAAUGAAUUGUUCUUCACUCGGAAUAUGUUGAUGCAUAUGUUUCUCAGGGUGGCUGUUCUUACUUGAAUUAUACGAGCAAUCACUAUUUAGAAUCAACCUGUUCAGUAACCAAAAUAAUGGCUUACGUUUGGUAAAAGACUAAAAUCAUGAAAAUUUGAG